AUGGUGGGGAAGUGGUUGAUGGGAAUCGUCGGUCCUUGGCCGUGGGCUGGUGACCAUCGAUAUAACCAAAUAGCACAAUCAACAGAAUCUUCAUCGGACGCUCUUCCGCUCCCUCUGUACCUGACCAACGCGGUGUUCUUCACUCUCUUCUUCUCCGUCGCCUACUACCUCCUCCACCGGUGGCGCGACAAGAUCCGCGACUCGGUCCCCCUCCACGUCGUCACCCUCCCGGAGAUCGCCACCAUCGUCUCCCUCAUCGCCUCCUUCAUCUACCUCCUCGGCUUCUUCGGCAUCGGCUUCGUCCAGUCCUUCAUCGCGCGCGCCUCUCAUGAUGCGUGGGAGGACCUCGACGACGACGUCAACCGCGGCUUCGGAUGUACGGACAUUGUGGCUCCGCUUCCGCAUCCGGUCGAUCCGGAGCCGGCAAUUUCGGCUUUGUCCUCUGCCGAAGACGAAGAGAUCGUCAAAUCCGUCGUGGACGGUACAAUUCCUUCGUAUUCCCUAGAAUCUAAGCUCGGCAACUGCAGAAGAGCAGCUUUCAUUCGGCACGAGGCUUUGCAGACAACGACUGGGAGGUCGCUCACUGAUUUGCCCUUCGAAGGAUUCGAUUACGAGUCGAUUUUGGAGCAGUGCUGUGAAAUGCCGGUCGGAUACGUGCAGAUUCCGGUCGGAGUUGCAGGACCAUUGUUGCUUGAUGGACUCGAGUAUUAUGUGCCCAUGGCUACCACCGAAGGUUGCUUGGUGGCGAGUACGAGCAGAGGCUGCAAGGCGAUUAAUGCGUCUGGGGGAGCAAGGAGCGUGCGGUUAAGGGACGGCAUGACGAGAGCGCCAGUCGUGAGGUUCGGUGAUGUGAAGAGAGCCUCGGAGUUGAAGUUCUUCUUGGAGGAUCCGAUCAAUUUUGAUACCUUGGCACUUGUGUUUAACAGAUCGAGUAGGUUUGGGAGGCUUCAGUGUAUAAAGUGCUCUAUUGCUGGGAAGAAUCUGUAUAUGAGGUUCACUGGCAGCACUGGAGAUGCAAUGGGGAUGAACAUGGUCUCCAAAGGGGUUCAGAAUGUCAUGGACUUCCUCCAAAAUGAUUUCCCAGAUAUGGAUGUGAUCGGCAUCUCUGGUAAGCUUCUUUUGCUCCAUAGUUUCUUUGGCUUUUUCUUGGACCCCUACUCCCCCAUGUUUGGAUUGGGGAUAAUUUUCUGGUAA